AAAUUGUUGGCACGCGAUCAGUGACCGGAAGCGAACCCUCGACGGGAGAGAGACUCACGGGGGUCACGAGGGUGCAGAACGAAAGUGGUGGGUUCCCUGGUUGUCUACCGAGCUAUAUACCGAGGUCUCCGCUAACGUUUUUCCCCCCAUAUGGUCGGCACAUGUGGGUCCCUGGCCUAGCGGCAGUGGGGGGCAGAGUAAUCGAGGAAACCAGCUGAUGGUCGCCGUUUGUUGGCCUUGUUCGCUUCAGUUCAGUUACUCUUGGACCGUGCUGUGCUCCGAAUCCGCUUUCGCGGCGUUCCAUCGUUCCAGCUCCGAUUUCCCCGAUACGUUCCAAAGCCAAACCACCACCGUGAGAAACCGCCUUAACGCGUUGGUUAAUUGGAUCAGGAUCGGGGAACGAUCUGGAGGAGCGAAGAAAACUGAGAAAAGGACGCCAUCGAUCGAGAUGAUACCAGAUACGGAAAGCGUCUGCCAGACUUCGGAAGCUGCGGUCAGGAGCACGGACGUGUAUCAGAAGAUUAAGAACGCACCGGAAGGGGAAGCGGCCUCGGUGACCGCUUGGAAGCGAUAUCAGCAACUAGUGGCGAUCGUCGAGACCAGGGGCGGAAAGUUCAACCGGAAGUCGAUGAUCGAAGCAAUCUUUCGUGGCAGCGACCUUGUCUACGCGAGUCACUGAUCUCACCGAUCGAACCCGAUCGGCAACUUUGCAAUUCUUUACCAAAGCGAACAACAGAGAGUCCUAUUUUUGCAAUGACGAUGGCGUAAGAACGCUUACUAUUUCAUUACCAACAUAAUUAAUGAAUUACCAAGUAUUCAAUAUUAGCUUAAGCUUAACUCUUUUACUGCCGCCCGACAAAUUUUUUACCCGAAGACGGUAGUAAUAUGUUAAGUCUCGGUUCACCGUUUAAUUACCAACACGGUAUUAAUUAUUAUUAUAAGAUUAACUUUCGAUCGCCGCUGGAACCAUCGACGGAUGGCGAGAGAAAUAUCGAAGGUUAAAAAUGAUCGCGUUUACGAGUGAUAAGGAAGUAUGAAAUUUAUUAUAUACUCGGAAAAAAAUACCGAACGAAUUAUUAUAAGAUGCUAAAUGCAAUCCGUAGAUAGAAUACAGCGAACCGAACAAAGUAAAAAAUACACGGAAAGCGAAGUUUUUUAUGGAAAAGAAUUUUGAUCAGCUUCUUGUGCGGGUCUUUGCUCGGUGAAUUCAUUUCACUCAUUGGCAAAGGAAAUAUGGCGUGGAUAAUUACAGUGGGACCGAAACAGCUCGGAUAAAUCGAGACCUGGAGAACAAAAAUUGAAAAUCUAAUUUAUAUACACAAUAGUCAUCUUGAAAAGAAAUAUACAUAUAAUAAUAUACAUAAUAUAUAGCAUACAUAAAUAUACAUGUAUAGGUACGAAAUACAUUUAUAUAUGGGCCAUUGCAACAUUGAAAGCCAUUUCGAUCACUUCUGGACCCGACCAUUUUCUAUUUGGCUGAAAUUAUGUUAUGUUAUAGUAACCUAC